AUCUUGGGGCCCUGUGGUUGGUGCACGUGAGUUAAGGUUGUUUGGCUGGUUGCCUACCAGUUCCCGGAGAGUUGCGGGGAGUUCUCCUGGACACCCGGAUCCAGAUAUGGGGUUCGUGUCAUUUGAGGAUGUAUCUGUGGAUUUCACCUGGGAGGAGUGGCAGAACUUGGAUGAUGCUCAGAGAAACCUCUAUAGAGAUGUGAUGCUGGAGACCUACAGCAGCCUGGUGUCCUUAGGUCAUUGUGUUGUCAAACCUGAGGUGAUCUUCAGGUUGGAGCAAGGUUCUGGGCCAUGGAUGGUAGAAGCAGCUGCAUUCUGGAACUACCCAGAUGUCCAGAAAGAGAAUGACCUGAGUGAGACUGGCCACAAAAAUCAAGAGAGAAGCUUAGGGCAACUUAAAGUUACCAGCAACAGCCCGUCAAAUGAGAAGGUUGAAGAAUUCAGAAAAGUAUUUAAUGGGAGCUCAAGCUAUGUUUCAAGACUUACUAUAAAGAAUAAAAAGUCUUCAGGAAUGGAGCCCAAGGCACUUGAUGUAUGGCAGGAGGUGCAUCUUUCUAAUGAGCCUAGUGAGAUGAAGGCUGGAGAGGAACUUGAUGGUCUAAAUGAAACUUGGAAAGCCCUCAGACAUUCUGAGCAUCUUAGUCUGCCUAACAAAAGUCAAGGUAGGCAGAAGAACUUACAAAGAAAAGCUUUCAGCAUGAAGGCAUUGUGGAGACAUAAGAAGUUACAUGUAAGACAUACCUCCACUAAGGGCAGUGAAUGUGGGAAUGCCUUUAAGAAAGUAGCACAUACUACCCGAGAUAUGAUUCAGGCAAGAGGGGAAACUUUUAAAUAUAACAUAUGUGAGAAAAGAUUUUAUGAAAAAUCUAAACAUACUAAACGUGAAAAAAGAUACAAAGGGCAAAAAUAUGAAUGUAGUGAUUGUGAUAAACUUUUCAUUAAGAAAUCAAACCUUAUAAAACAUCAGAGAAUACAUACAGGGGAAAAGCCCUAUAAGUGUAAUGAAUGUGGGAAAUUCUUCUGUCAGAAGAUACAACUAACUGUGCAUUGGAGAAACCACAGAGGACCAAAAGCCUAUGAAGUCUAUGAAUGUGAAGAAAAUUUUAACCAAAAGCAAAACCUCACAAGACAUCAGAAAACUCAGAUAUGUGAAAAACCCUAUGGAUGCAAUUUAUGUGGAAAAUCCUUUUAUCGGAAGUCACACCUUUAUAGGCAUCAGAGAGUCCACACAGGUGUGAAACCCUAUAAAUGUACAUUUAAAGAAUGUAGAAAAAGUUUCUUCCAUAACUCAUCCCUUAUUAUACAUCAGAGAACUCACACAGGUGAGAAGCCCUAUGAAUGUAAAAAAUGUAGGAAAACUUUCUACUCUAAGUCUGACUUGAAUGUACAUCAGAGAACUCAUACAGGUAAUAAACCAUAUGCAUGUGAACAGUGUAGGAAAACUUUUUACUCUAAGUCACACCUCAGUAUACAUCAGAAAAUCCACACAGGUGACAGACCGUAUGCUUGUGAAGAAUGCAGGAAAACUUUCAACCGUAAAUCUAACUUCACUGUACAUAAGAGAACUCAUGCAGGUGAUAAGCCCCAUGGAUGUAAUACAUGUGGAAAAACCUUUCAUCGGAAGUCACAUCUCCACAUGCAUCAACGAACUCACACUGGUGAAAAACCACAUGCAUGUAAAGAAUGUAGGAAAACCUUUUACCAGAAGUCCAGCCUUAUCAGGCAUCAGAUAAUUCACACAGGUAACAAACCAUAUUCCUGUGAGGAAUGUAAGAAAACUUUCCUACAUAAGUCAUCCCUGACUGUACAUCAGAGAAGUCACACAGGUAACAAACCAUAUACAUGUGAAGAAUGUAGGAAAGCUUUCUACUCUAAGUCACAUCUCACUGUACAUCAGAGAAUUCACACAGGUGAAAAGCCCUAUGAAUGUAAGCAGUGUACAAAAGCCUUUUACCAGAAAUCACACCUCAGCAGGCAUCUGGUAACUCAUGGAAAUGAAAAACAAUUUGAAUGUAAAGAAUGUUUGAAAACUUUCUACCAUAAGUCAACUCUCAAGACACAUCAGAGAAUUCACAUGCGAGAUAGUCCUGUAGUGACACGGUUUGAAUGUGAAGAAUGUUUGAAAACUUUCCACCAUAAGUCAUCUCUCAAGUUACAUCAGAGAAUUCACACACGCAAUAAGUCUGUAAAAAAUAUGGAAAGCUCUUUUGCAGAAGCUAUCUUUACCAGAAAGUUCACAUAGAGGGAAACAUCCUAAAAUGAAUGUGGGGGGUGUGAGAAGGCAUGUCGGUAGACACCAACGAACUCAGACAGCAAUCAUAUCACAGACUGGCUCAUUUCACGGAGAUACAGCCUGCAUUUUAUUGUUUGAAGCAUCGUGUACUUGAACUUUGCAGUGGCAUAUAGGUGCAUGUAGUGGUCAUUCAGAUGGCCCCUAUAAGUACUUCUAUUAAGUUCUUUCUCCCUGACUUCUGAAGUUAACAAGACCCCUAGAAUGGGCCAAAUAGAAGGUUGUUGUGAUUUAAGAUGAAUAUAACUAAUUCAAAAGAGCAAAGAGCUUUCCAUCUCUGCCUGUUGAACCGCUGAAUAUGUUGUUUGCAUUGCAGUGUAAACCUGGUAAAGAAGUCCUUGUACAUUGCAUAAUUGUCACAAGGGGAAAACUGCUUUCACCUUUUAUUCUGAAGUCACUUUAUGGAAAACAAAAUUAUGUGUAGAAGUACAAAUAAAUUUAUGCCUUACAGGGCAAUUUUAUUUAAUACAUUGAGUUAAUAAAGUUCACAAAUCACUUUAAUAAUAAUAAUAAUAAUAAUUUUCCACAAAUUUUCUCAACUUCUCACGUUUCAGUAGUUUGUAAUGAAGCCAAACUACCAGUUUCUGUUAAUUUGAUGGUAAUUUUUAAGUGGGAGUAUUAUAGUAUUGGAAAUCAUUUAAAAACACCCAGUUGUAUACCAAUAAGUCAAUACAGUAUUGCCAUUCAGUAUAUUGGCCUGUAUCUUGGAAUAUAAGUGGUAGCCAUGACUGUAGGUCAGGAUAGCAGCCAGGGUAUGCUUUUAAAAAACUUCCAGUAUACAGAAUAUUGCAUAUGUGAACAUUUUAUAUAAAUAGAAAUUUUCCUUGUUGGGACCCAGUAUAACUUCCAAAAAGAUGUGUACUUUAUGUAAUUUGUAUUGUAUAGUAACUGAGCCUGAGAUUAUAUCUCCGUGAUAGAGUACGUGUUUGGCAGACCUGGAGUACUACUAUCAAUUUCCAGUGUAAAUACGAGUAUAACAUACUUGAUGUGAAUAAUACAUAUGGGAUAUAUAUUACUGUGACAUUAAAAUUUUUCACAUUUGCGGGGGAACCCAGUGGCCUGUAAUCCUAGCCACUCAGGAAUCUUAGAUAUUAGGAUCGUGGUUUGAAACCAGUUCAGGCAGCAAAGACAGCAGUCUUAUACCUCCAAUUAAUCACUAAAAAGCCAGAAGUGGAGCUGUGGUUCAGGUGGUAGAGUGCUAUCUUCGAACAAAAAAAGGUUAAGAACAGUGCCUAGACCCUGGGUUCAAGUAAGUAAAAGCAGAUUUAAUGGGAACAUAGAAAUUGACAAAUCAUUUAGUUGCUGAACCUGAUGUCUUGAGUUCCACAUCUGAACCAUAUAGUUCUUAUGUCAUCCAACUUAAUGUAAAGCAGUUUCAGAAAAACAAUAACUCCCCUGUAUGCAGCCUGUGUGUUGUGUAGCAGAUAUGGAUACUCACAACUCCAAGCCCUUAGAGUUGGAGGCAUAUUGCCCCAGGCCUAAGUAGACAGGGCUCUAAGGUUUAUCACGGAGCCUUUUUAACCCCUGCUAACUCCACCACUUGACAAUUCUUUUAAUCGUUGGCUCUUAGCAGCAGUGAGUGGUGGCAGGAGCAAGGUGGCACGUUCUAAUGUGAGAGCUGUUAUAUGGUCUUGGGUAAUGGGACUCCUGGCCUAGAUAUCCUCAGCCUUUGACAUCAAUAGUGGUUCAGCUCUUGGGCCUCAAAUGUUUGAAACAUUUGGCCCUUGGGAGCUUUCUGGAACUUCCCAGCAACCAAGGAAGGCCUGCACUGUCUCUGGCUACUUAGAGCCUUUUGACUCUCUUACCCU